AUGGCUCAAUUGUCGCUAUCAGAAUUUGCUGUUGUUGCUAUACAUGCCUUCUUCAUUCAAUUAUGCGAUAUCGAUGAGCACUUGCAUGUGCUGCUGAGUGCUGUUGGGAAAUAUAUCCAGUUGAGCAAAGUGUUGUUCCAGCACCGACACUUGCCGUUGAAUUGGGUUACCCUUUGUCGUUUGGUUGCCUUGUGCCCGCUACUGUCGUACAUCAUAGCGAAUUCUGGAGGCGAAAUUUUGGGCAGUAUUAGAGGCAGCGCAGUGUUCUGUGCUGAGAUUCUUGAAGCUUUCAAUGAGUCGUGGGUUCUUGCCAGAAAAGCGGCAAGUGUAUUUCGUCUGUUUGACGGACUACCAGAAAACUCAAGUCCAUUAAGUACCAGAAAUGGCGGUAUAUUCUCUUUAAGUGGAGAUAGAACACAGCUGAAUACCAUACUUGAGGAGACCAGAAAGAUGAUCGAGGAGACGAUGGGACGAUCAAGUAUCUACUAUGGCAUCCUGGACGCGACAUUAUAUACACUUUCAGAAAGUAGAAAUGAGACCAUGCUGGCUAAUUCUAGUAACAUUCCAACUCCAGGUUUCUGGAUGGACGACCCAACGCAAUGGGAAGAUGUCGGAAACUUGAGCUAG